AAAUAUAUUAAGGAGAUUUAGCUUCCUAUCGGUAAGUUAGCCAGUUGAGUAAAGCCACCUAGUGAGCUGUGCGCCUGUUGGAGCUAACGUUGACUGUGGCUGGGCGCAGCCCUCCCUCGGGAAUUCGAGCCCAGGAGGUUCAGCAGGUUCCGAUGACCGUGAGUUUGACCCAUCAGCAGACAUGCUUGUCCAUGACUUUGAUGAUGAACGCACCCUGGAGGAAGAAGAGAUGUUGGAGGCAUCAGACGAGACGAACGCCAACGAGAUUGAAGAUCUUGCACGAGAGGGAGAGAUGCCCAUUCACGAGCUACUGAGUCUUUAUGGUUAUGGGGGCGGUCCACCAGCAGAUGAAGACGAAGAGGAAGAACCUGAGGAAGAAGAGGAUGAUGAGGAUGAGGAUGAGGAAGAGGACCUUGACAAUGAUGAAAGCAGUAGAAGCACCGGCGAGUUAAAAAUAAAUGAGAUCGAGGGUGUUAAGAUCUCAUCGGUACCGGGGGAAGAGGCCCAGGCGACCUCUGAGGUCCGCACACGCUCCGUCAGGUCCCUCGGCACCGCAGAACUCAUUCGCCCCCAGAAGAUGAAGUACUUUGAAAGUAAUAAUGAUGCAGAGGAGGAGUCGGAUGAAGAUGAGGACUACGUUCCAUCGGAAGACUGGAAAAAGGAAAUCAUGGUGGGUUCAAUGUAUCAGGCAGAAACCCCCUCCGGCCUGUGUAAAUAUAAAGACAAUGAAAAGGUUUAUGAAAAUGAUGACCAGUUGUUGUGGAACCCCGAGUGUCUUCCUGAAGGCAGAGUGGUGGAGUUCUUGACGGAGGCAUCAAGGCGGACCGGAGAGGAGAAGGGAGUGGACGCCAUCCCAGAGGGAUUCCACAUCAAAGACAAUGAACAGGCGUUGUAUGAACUAGUGAAGUGUGACUUUGACACGGAGGAAGCUUUGAGAAGACUGAAGUUUAAUGUAAAAGCGGCCAGAGAAGACCUUGGAGAUCUGAGAUUAACACCUAUUCUCUCUGCAACAGAGGAGCUUUCUGUCUGGACUGAAGAGGAAUGUAGAAAUUUUGAACAAGGACUAAAAGCUUAUGGGAAAGACUUUCAUUUAAUACAGGCCAACAAGGUGAGAACUAGGUCUGUAGGAGAAUGUGUGGCCUUUUAUUACAUGUGGAAGAAGUCUGAGCGUUAUGAUUUCUUUGCACAGCAAACCAGACUUGGGAAAAGGAAAUACAACCUUCACCCUGGUGUCACAGACUACAUGGAUAGAUUAUUGGAUGAAACGGAAAGCGCCACGUCCAGCAGGGCGGCGUCGCCGCCUCCCUCCAGCAGCAGCGCCAGCCACUCGGAGAGGGAAGACGGCAGCAGUCAGAACGGUAUCUUAAGCCACGCUUCAAGUCACCCAGUGGACGGCGCUCAGCUGCUCCCGAUACAUCAAGUCAAGCCCGAGUCCCUUCAGUCCAACGGUCCCGCCCACCCGCCGCCGGACGCUCCGGCUCCCGUUUCGGACACCUCCAACGGCUGCGGCGCAGACGGCCACGAGCAGAACGGCUCACUAGAGCCUCCGGCAGACCGCCGGGACCUGGCGACGGCGCACGAGAGGCCGGCCAAGAGGUGCCGGACGGAGGCGGAGCCACUAGGCCAGAGCGAGGUGGAAGCGUCCAGAACGCAGGAGGACUGAAGGCGUUCAGUGGCGUGGACUAAGACGCCUAGACGAAGGGGGGGGGGGGGAUUCCUGCCUGGCCCCCGAGAGCAGAGACUCUCUUUUUGGACGAGGUUAAAAGGUCACUGAAAAUCCCAGCUUGAAGAGCACAGCCGACCAAAGUGUAGCUGGUCCUUUGAGGCACGGGGGAGGUUGGCCGCCGCCGCCGCCGCCGCCUCUUCCCUCACCCCCCCACUCCAAUAGGUGGGAAGACGGCCUGCUCGUAUCCCACAGCAUCAUCUUCCACCCGAGGUCACUUCUUCGAUGACUGGCUGACAUUUUGACAAGAAUUUCCUUUUUCUAUUUGUACUCAUAGAAAGUCAAUCACCUGUGAUAUUUUUUUACACAAGAUAUUUAUAUUUUUUAACAGAAGAAAACUAUAACUGCUGUCCGAGUUAUUUGAGAGCACACGUUUGGGGUUCUUCAAACGUAGACGAUUAUAUGCCUAAAUUGUCCAAAAAAAAGAAGAGGAAACGGUGGGCAAACACAAGACGAGUGAGAUUUUAGUUGCACUUUGAUUGUACGGUUCUCAUCUUUCGAGCGGUGUGGAAAACCCAGCAGAAUUGCAUUUUCACUCCUCUGCGCGCGCGCCUCCCUCGCCCCGCGGGUUUGUUUGUGUGAAGCAGCUGACAUCAGUGAUGUCCUGUAUAAUAACUCAUCACCUAGGAGAUUGCUGUAUUUUUGGAUUUUCAUAGUCGGUGCUUUGCUCAACGCUUUGUUUUUACUAGACCGAAUGUCCGUGAUUUUUAAUGUAAAGUUUGUAUAGAUUUCUUACCUUGAGCAGUUGGUACAUUUGUUUGUUCAGGUCUUCCUCGUAGGCUUCCAUGCUUUUUGCUUACAAAGCGUUCGCCUGUGUUGCUCUGAGAUGGAUGUAAUUCUUUCUUCUUUUUUUUUAAGUAGCCAUUCCUCGUUCCCUUUGUUUGGCAGCACGGCUCAUUCCUGUGUGACCUCGCACGUCCCGCCGCCGCCAUCUUCUUUGCAAAGUGGUCAAAGUGUUCCCGCCUGUAUCUCCCGUCUGUCCAGGUGGACGUCGGCGUGCGAGCUGGGAAACCUUCAUUUGUUUUUGGUACAGUAGCUGUACAGGAUGCUGCUGUAUUUUACUUUGUACUCCAGCUUUGAACUUCCACAAAUUAAGAUAAGUUUGUCUCCAUAUUGUUGAUCCAUGUAGUCUUUCCCUUCAUUGACAGUGAUGUUUUUUUAUUUGUAAAUGUUGAAAUGAAUAAAAGUGUAUUCCAAGACUGGCUAUGAA